AUGAGUGUUGAAAUCCCUGAUAUUCCUUAUGUAAAUAAUGAGAUAGAACUUGAUCGAAUGGUUAAACCAUUACAACUUUGGAUGAGACAGAUGAGUAAAAAGAAAUGGGAAUUUGAAGCAUCACCAGAUGGUGUGUUACAAUAUUGUGUUUUACCAAAUGAAAACAAUCAACGAUUUGCCCGAUAUGUAAUUUUUAUAAAAAAACCAAAAAGAUUUGUUGUUGAGUCUUUGUUUGAUAUUCCUCUGAUGAAAUCAUUAGAACCAAAUAUCACAGAAAUGAAAACAUUACUUCAAAGUGAUGAUUCUUAUUUAAAUUAUGAAAUUCAGCAACUCCCUUAUGGAAGUUUUGUUACACCACGUGAUUUUUUAUUUGUUCAAACAAAUUAUAAAAUUGAAGGAGAUCAAUACAUUGUCAUUUCUAGUGUGAAUAGUGAAAAAGAAAAUACUUACAAUGAAAAGUUAGUGAGAGGAUAUAAAAAAAUAGGAAUUAGAGUGUAUGAUGAAGUCCCAAAUGAAUCAACAAAUAUUGAGGUUAUUGUAUGUGCUGACUUGAGGGGAUGGAUUGUUGGGUAUGUUGUUACUAAGUUUCUUUAUCAACAAGUAGAACCAUUCAUUUUAUUGAAAUAUCAACUUGAAAAGGAUGAACGAGAGGCAGAAGCAAAACGAAUUGCAGAAGAAGAAGAAGAACAAAAAAGGAAAGAGGAAGAACAAAAGGCAUUAGAACUCAAACAACAAGAAGAAGAAAAACUCAAACAACAAGAAGAAGCUGCACGACUGAAGAGAGAAGAAGAAGUCAAAAAGAAAGAAGAAGAAGCCAAAAAGAAAGAAGAACUAGAGAAAAAAAAGAAAGAAGAUGAAAUUAAGAAGAAGAGUAAUACAAGUGAUAAUCUAAAGAAACAACAAGAAGCAGAAAAACGUAAAGAAGAAGAGAUAAAGAAAAAGAAAGAAGAAGAAGAACGAAAGAAGAAAGAGGAAGAGAAGAAAAAAGCUGAAAAAGAGAAAAGAAAAAAACAAGAAUUAAAAGAGAAAGAAAAAGAGAAAAAAGAGAAAGAAAAAGAGAAAAAAGAAAAGGAAAAAGAGAAAAAGAAAAAAGAGGAAGAAAAGAAAAAGAAAGAGAAGGAAAAACAGAAAGCAAAAAAGUAA